AUGUCGUCGCCGAUGAGACCAGGGGCGGGGAUGGACCUCAAGGAACAGGUGCAAUGGUACAAGACCAACUAUGAACAACUCGAAGCCGAUCUCGCGGACUUUCAAGCCUCCAGCAAGGAGUUGGAGGAGCAGAUGGAAAAGGACCUCAUGACUGUAGAGAAGAGCGAGCGAAAAUGGAAGGAGCAGGUCGAGAAGUUGCAGUUUGAGGUGGAAGAGUGGAAGACGAAGCACAAGCAGGCCAAGGCAGAGGCGAAUAACGCUCAGAAUAAACUGCAAAAGGAGAUCACAGCAAUGCGCGACACGAUCCGCUCCCAGCAGUCCCAGCUACGAGACACGGAGGUUAUGAAUGAUGAUUACGAGCGACAAGCACGGAAUACCGAGACCAGUCUGGAGGAUCUGGAAAGCAAAUACAACGCCUCAAUCGAGCGCGGGGUAAUGUUCGAGGAAACGAUCAGACAAAGCGAGCAAGAGCGGGAAGAGCUGCGCAUUGAGACUCAACGAUUACGAGAUGACCUGGGCGAUCUCAAGGUGGAGAGCGAGAUUACACGGGAGAAGUUGCGACUGGCAGAGGAGACCGUGGAGAGCUUGCGGGCGAGGAAGCCAUCCACGCUGGCGGUUGAAAGUCUGCGCACAAGGAGUCCUGCAAGCGAGGCCAGCGGUAUCACACCCACAUCGCCCACCGCUUCAACGCCACCGCCCAAGUCUGACUCUGCUUCAGAUAUGGCAACACCUCCCUCUCCUCCACUCUCGGAUGCGCCAGCUACUGCAAGAACAGAGAUGAAAACACCGAUGCCCAAGAGGUCGCACAUUCCAGACUCUACGACACCAAGACCGUCCUUCUACGGGUCGCGGACCCUCCCUCGCCAUACUCGUGGCCCAUCAUUGGCAUCAAGUAGUAGCACAGCGCUGUCAGAUGCAAAGUCCUCCAAAGCUCCUGCAGCCAAACCGCGCGUGGCCUCGCGGACUGCUGCGGCCGAGGGCUUGCCGCGAUCCGAGUCGUUGUAUCAGAUCAGGGGUCUGAUAGGACGCAUGCAGAAGAUUGAAGAGCGUGUCCACUCAGCCAGAUCGAAAUUGCCAGCCACAGGUCGGACACCCACUGGCUCGCCGCGCGCUGGCUCUUCUCUCAGUAAUCACAUACCCUCUUCGAUAACCAUGCGAAGGAGCUCCAAGCGGCCCAGUGGUAGUACGUCAUCUGCAUUGCAUGAUGAUGAUGGAGGAUCAUCCACAGGAGCCAGUACUCGUCGCGACAGCCAUAUCAAACGCCUAUCAUAUGGUAUUCCACGACCAGCAUCAUCACUGGCGAGCAGGUCGGAGAGACCCGAGCGUCCUCCGUCAGCGAUGGAGCACGUGGAGCGACCCCCGUCAUCUGCAGCGGACCGCCCCAGUAGCCGCGCAUCAUUGUCUGGUAGACCGCCGAGUCGCUCCGGUGCGCGGACAGAGCUUGGACAUUAUUCUUCGUCGACGAUAGCCAGCAGCGGCGCGUCUUCGAGACCACGAUCAAGUAUGGGAGGGACCUACGCGAAUGGAACGCCUCGUGGGCAUCGAACCAGUGCCAGCUUUAGCGAAGCCCGGAAACGAGCCGCCGAGAGCGAAGACUCGGGACUAAAACCCUCUCCUGGGCGAAGGAACACUAUAGAAAGGAGUGGCAUACCAGGAGUGUCUGCUCUACCCACUCCAAGAAACAGGCAGAGUGGCGGUCUGCCGCAGCGCGCAAAUACUGCUUCAAGGACGAGCAACACUUUCUCGCAAGUGCGGGAAGAAGACGGCGCGGGACAGAUGGGUCCGCCCCCCAGUAGAAAGCGUAUGAGUGAUGUGGGCGAGACGUACUGA